AGGCUUACAUGAAUUGCUUACGUGUUGGGAAAUAAAUAAUUGUUAUAGUAUUUAUAGUAAGCAUGUUAGUGUUGAGAAAUGUAAACGUUAUAGUGUUUACCGCCGCUCUCUGGUUUACUUGUAUUUGUUUACGAGCCAGUUUUGCCCGGUCCAAUGUGGCGGCGACGUUGACGUAUCCCAGCAACAGGCCGAAGCGACCAAUGCGGCCGCCAUAUUGGGAAGGUCGAGAUUCGCUACUGUACAAUACUGAGAGAUUCAGACUUCACCACGAAAUCGACUGUAACUCGUUUAAAUCUGAACCUAUUAUCAUGAAAUGUUGUUUGUUAUUGACACAUUUUACAUUUCACUAAAUAAGCAACCAGGAAGCUUUAUAACAAUACAAUUGAUAUAGAUAGCUGCAUUUGUAAAGAAAUGUAAACAAUGUAUGCAAUAAUAGAUAAGAGCUUGCGUGUCCUAGUGGAAAGUUUAGGCUAUUCAGAAGGUGAUUUUAUUAACUGAAUUAAUUAACAAGUAGUCAGUAUCAGGUUCUUUCUUAAUAACAAACCAAGUUUUAUUAAAUUUGGUUUAGAGUUACAGUUUAACUGCGUCUCUGUAUUAUUAACUCGCGGAUUUUGACCUCUGCAAUAUGGCGACCGCUCUGUUUCUACAUGUAUGGCGCUGACUGCAGUGCAGAGAGGACGGCGCCCCGUGGAGGACACACCGAGCCUGAACCGACAUUUACCCUCCGGACAUGAGUGCAGAUGACAGUAAAAAGAUAUAUAUUCCCGCAAUAAUCAGAGUGAUAGAAAUCACAACGACAAAAGCAGAAUAACGGUCCAUUAUCGCCGUUACUAAGCGACCCCGCGUCGCCAGAGGGCGGUGUAACGGUCGGUGUAACGGUCGGUGAACAGCCGGGCAGCCAAUCAGAGGAGGCCAACAUGGGCGCACAGAGGAGGGGGGAGGAGGAAGCUUUAUUGCCGCCAUUUCACGUGAAAGCAGCGCGGUAGGAACGACGUUCCGGGAUAAACAAUUACAAACAAAAUCCGCCCGAGUUUGAGUUUAAUACCCCAGCUGGAGAUUUAUUAACCAACGGUAGCCGUUUCAGUUAACGGAAAGGCCGAGCGGUGUUCGUUUUUAACCCGGGCGGCUCUGUUGCUUAGAGACGGUAGAAAAUGAGCUACGGAAGGCCGCCGCCAGACGUGGAGGGGAUGACCUCCCUCAAAGUGGAUAACCUGACUUACCGAACUUCGCCGGAGACUCUGCGCCGGGUUUUCGAGAAGUACGGCCGUGUGGGCGACGUGUACAUCCCCCGGGACCGGUACACCAAGGAGAGCCGCGGGUUCGCCUUCGUGCGGUUCCUCGACAAGCGGGACGCCGAGGACGCCAUGGACGCGAUGGACGGCGCGCUGCUCGACGGGCGGGAGCUCCGGGUGCAGAUGGCCCGCUACGGACGACCUCCCGACUCCAUGUACAGCCGGAGAGGGGCUCCGCAACGCAGAUACGGAGGUCGUUCAGCCAGUCCUCGACGCCGCAGACGCAGCCGCAGCCGCUCCAAGAGCAGAAGCCGUUCCCGAUCCAGGAGCCGCCACCACUACAGCCGCUCCAGGUCCCGCUCCUACUCCAGAUCCAGGUCCAGAUCCAGGUCCAGGUCCAAGUCCAAGUCCAAGUCCAGAACCCCCAGGCGGAGCAAGUCGAAGUCUCCCUCCAGGUCUAGAUCCCGGUCCAGGUCCAAGUCGAGGAGUCGAACCCCGCCUUCCAACAGGGGGUCCAAAUCCAGGUCCAGGUCCAAAUCCAAGAGUAGGCCCAAAUCUCCAGAGGACAACGGAGCAGAGUGUUAACCCAAACUAGGACACAAUAUGACGGUAUUCAGGGGAAAGGGUGGAUUAUAUUACAUUUAAAAUAUUAUAUCUGAGGUGGCUUUCUGUCGUCACGGUCGGGAUUCUGCAGCCUUGAUGCUCCAUCAGCCGUUUGCACGCGAGCAACAAAGUCUGCAAAAUCCGAACUGUGUUUUUAGAGUUUAAAAUCAGAUCGGGACUGAUGUCGUUCACAGUCCUUCGUUCUGUGUGUGCUUUACUUUGCUCGUAUCGCUCAGCCGAUCUAAAGCACACACAGGCAAACGGCACAUGUGACCUAAUGUAUCAUAUAUUUAUACAUUUAUAUAUUUAAAAAGUGGGUAUUAAUCACAUUUGUACUCGUGUGAGUGUGCAUGGGAGGGACGUGGGCUGCUUCACUCAAAACGUUCACCUAAAUGUGGAAUUCUUUCCUCCAAGCUGCGGAGUCCUGUUUGCAAAGGGAGGAGGAGGAGGAGGAGAGGGAG